AUGGUGGUGCUUCCUUUGCAGACAAACUUCUUGCAACUUUGGUACAUUUGCUUUGACGUCAUGUUCCUUGGGCACAAGUUACACCUCAAUCCUUUCCUAUUCCUUUGCUAAUUGGCGGGAGGUGGUUGUUAGAGUUCCGCACCUGAAACGACUUUCAUUUUGCCUUCUUCCACUUUCAUUCUGAAAACUUUUGUACAAUGCUCCAUUGACUGGUGGCCGGAAUUAUUCAGCCAUUUCUGGAUCAUGGGCGCAGCCAUUUUUUCCCCCCGAUUUCCAGUAAAGAUAAUCGUCGUUAGUGAUUGCAGGCCAUUUUCCAAUCUGGGCGCAGUUCAUUCCAUAAAAAUGAAUCCAUUUACCACGGCGAAAUCAAUCAAAUUCGCAGAGUGAAAUUGGCCACCUUUUUUGUACAGCUAACGAGGUUCUGAGAAGCUUUGCUAUCUAAAUAUGCCAGAAGUAGCAAAUUUUUUGAAGAGCAAAUCUUCGUAAUAAACUCAUUAUGUUGUAAUUGUGUAUAUUCAGCUCUGAGCACAACAGAAGGCCGGAAGAUAAAUGUCCAGUUUGGUGAGGACAACAUUUUUUAAAAACACAUUAUAAAAACUAUAGCAUGGAGUCGUCAAAGACCCCACCCGGUAUUCAGAGGGUUAAUUUCUAAGUAUUGAGUAAGUAAUUUCUAAGUACUGAUUGAAGCUUAAAGCUGUUAAAGUGGUGCUUAUAUUAAAAUGUACAAAUAUCAUACUUAAAGUAUGACUAAGUUUUUGACCUUUACCUUCUCUCACAGACUGCGGUAUGUUGUGUUUGUCGCAUAGCUGGUGGGACAGAAGAUCAGGAGAACCUGAAUAUGGUAUUUCGACGUUGGCUUUUAUGACAGUCCCCCAUGGAUUUUGGUAGAUCAUCUCUCUCUCUACUUUUUCCACUUCACCCAUGUUAAUUUCAAUAGAUUUUUUUUUCUAAUGGAAAUUUAUCAAAUGUUGGAUCUGUUUAGUGUUUAAUGAUAACAUUAUCAGCUCGCCUGGCAAGCAUGGAAGGUAACGUCACUGUUACAGAUAUAACGCAUCGUCGCACCGCAUUGCCCAUUGGGUUUAAUCUCAUCGUGGUUUGUAGACCUUUGAAGGAACAAGAUACAUUGAAAACAGUUACCACAAUGAAGCUAUUAAAUUCCAUGUGUCGACAUGAUUGUGUCACUAAACGUUUCCUUAAUGAACAAAGGUCUUUUGGAGCGGCGGUCGAUUCGUAUAAAUUCAAAUGGUCUCCUCAAAUAAACAACAUGAAAGAUUCCACGUCUCAACCCGAAAGCCCGACAUUUUUGAACAAGGAACCCUAUAGAAAUCCAAAGAAACCGAGAUACAAUGAGUUUGGUAUUCAGAUGAUUUCCGAACAGCUUUAUAAACAGCUGUUUCCAAACGCACCCAAUAAAAAGGAUAUCAAAUUGAUCGAUCAAUGCCUUCAAACACUUAAGUCUUACAACUUUGAUAAAAUACAAGAACCUUCUGAAGACGUUGAUCUAAAGAUUCCCCAACUUGAUGGACAAACAGUCGAAGAACAUUUCAUGACCAUAGGGGAAAAGCAAAGCAAGCCGUAUCGAGAGCUUCUUUUAAAAUUAUUGGUGACACGCCCUGAAAUGCCUGAAUCCUGGGUAUUAAAACCUGGUUGGACGAGAUAUGCUAAGGAUGGAAUAUAUUCCGUUGACCAUCCUUUAGAAGAUGCUAUAGUUUUUGAUGUGGAGGUUUGUUGUUCUGUUGGACCUUUACCGACUUUAGCCACGGCCGUUAGCAAAGAUGCUUGGUACAGCUGGGUCAGUAAAGAUUUAGAAAAUUGUAGUAACACUGUGAAACAUUCAUUUACACCAGACAAUUUGAUACCUCUUGAAAGAAAAAUAAGUAAGGAAACUGAUCCAGCUGAAUUUUUUAAACCACGCAUUGUGGUGGGGCAUAAUGUUUCGUACGACCGAGCAAGAGUUAAAGAGCAAUACUGGCUCGAGCAAACAGGACGGAGAUUUCUUGAUUCCAUGUCAAUGCAUAUUUGCAUUAGUGGAGUGACUAGUUAUCAGAAAGCGUUAUUAAAAGCUGGAGUAGGAAGUGAAGAAUGGAGCAAAUUAACCUCAUUAAACAGCCUUGCGAAUGUUUAUGAAUUAUACUGCGGUAAACAAUUAUCCAAGGAAAAGGGCACUUUGUUCUUAACUGGCUCACUACAUGACAUUAAAAACAAUUUUCAAGCUUUGAUGAGUUACUGUGCGAAUGAUGUUUUAGCUACGUACGACAUAAUGAAACACAUGUUUCCAUUAUUUUUAGAAAGAUUUUCACACCCUGUUACAUUAGCUGGGAUGCUGGAACUCCAGACGACUUACGUGCCUGUUAAUAAAAACUGGAAAAAGUAUUUGUUUGAUUCGCAGCAGGCGUACGAUGAUUUGGAUUUAGAAGGGAAGAGCAUAUUGAUACGAAGUGCCAAUGAAGCGUGCAGGUUGUUACACAAUGAAAAAUAUAAAGAAAAUUUAUGGAUGUGGGAUCAAGAUUGGUCACUGCAACAUCUCGCUUUGAAGAAAACUGUUUCUAAACUAAAAACCAAUGAGAUUGAAAUUUUUCCAGAAAAUUUUCAAGAUGAUGAAUACGAUAUUGUUGAAAAACAGAGGAUAAUUUUGAAAAAUAAGUAUAAAGAGCAAAGAAAGCUAUGUCAUAGGCUGCAUACGAAAACAAACCACCUCUGUGGUUAUCCGAAGUGGUUUAGAAAUAUGUGUACUAAACCUAUUGAUCCUUCUUGGUCUCCUGAACCGGAAUUGGUCAGUACAAGUAUGAAAAUUGUUCCUAAGCUUCUACGUCUGACAUGGUGCAUGUUGCCGCUGCACCACGUAAAUGGAUUUGGUUGGGGUUAUUUACUUCCGUAUAAAACUGAAAUCCCAAUUGAUCAUGACAAUUUACCGACAGAAAAACUUGUACAACACUACUUCAAGGAAUUUGAAGAUUCUUUAUGCAACUGUUCUGAAAAUAAAACUCAAUCGACAUUUGUUUGCACCAACAGAGCACAUUUCAGAAAUAAUAGUUUUAAUUUUUGCAAGGAUGAUAUUGGUAAAUGUUAUGGUAUGGUGAAGUUGCCACAUAAAGAUGGAAACAAUUUAAAUGUUGGGAAUCCCUUGUCUCGAGACUUUAUCAAUAAAUUUUCUGAUAAUGAACUUUCUGGGGCGACUGUGUAUUCAAAAAAAAUUAUACAAAUUAGCCGAAUGCUUUCUUAUUGGAGGAACAACAAGGAGAGAAUAGAGAACCAAUUGGUUUGUUGGUUACCACCAGGUCGUGAAAAUUCUAAGUUGAACGGGCAAACUGAUAUCGGUGUGAUUCUUCCGUUAGUCAUCGUUUGUGGGACGUUAACAAGAAGAGCUGUGGAACCUACUUGGAUGACUGCUUCCAAUGCAAUAGUUGAACGAGUCGGUUCAGAGCUUCGGGGGAUCGUCCAGGCUCCACCCGGAUACGCUUUAGUCGGCGCCGAUGUCGACUCACAAGAACUAUGGAUAGCAUCAUUACUUGGGGACGCUAAUUCUGUAAGAAUACACGGCGCUACGCCAUUAGGUUGGAUGACUUUAAACGGAAAAAAGAGUGACGGUACAGAUAUGCACAGCGUCACAGCGAAAGCAGUAGGCAUAUCAAGGAACCACGCCAAAAUAUUAAAUUAUGCGAGAAUUUAUGGAGCCGGACAGAAAUUCGCUGAACGUUUGCUAAAACAAUUCAAUCCAGGCAUGUCUGACGCGGAAGCGUCUAAAAAAGCAGCUAAAAUGAUGCACAUCACAAAAGGGAAAAAAAUGUUCAAACUGAAAGAUGAAUUUAGAAUGAAAGAUAAUAGCACAUUUUACACAAGAGAAGGUGCUAGACAACUCUGUUCUAUUUAUCAGAAAUCCAAGGAGGAAUUGUUUUCGUGCAUACAGUGGCAUGGAGGAUCGGAAUCUUCCAUGUUCAACAGCUUGGAGGAAAUAGCCAACAAACUGAAUCCUAGCACACCAUUUUUGAACAGCAGGCUAAGUCGAGCCCUUGAGCCCUCGGUCGACGGAAAUGACAAAUACAUGCCAACAAGAAUUAAUUGGGUUGUGCAAAGUGGAGCUGUCGAUUUUUUACACUUGAUGCUAGUCUGUAUGAGAUGGUUUUUAGGGAACGAGGCGAGGUUUUGUCUGAGUUUUCAUGAUGAAGUGAGGUACCUCGUCCCGGAACGGCAAAAAUACAAAGCCGCUCUGGCCCUUCAUGUUACCAACCUAUUGACUCGAGCGUUUUGUGUUUCUCGCCUGGGUAUGACAGAUUUGCCGCAAUCUGUAGCCUUUUUUAGUUCCGUAGAUGUUGAUGUAGUGUUGAGAAAAGAAUCAACAGAUGACAAUAAGACGCCAUCUAAUCCUUUUGGUCUCAGUAAAGGAUAUGGCGUGCCUAUUGGGGAAUCUUUAGAUAUUUACAAAGCUAUAUUGAAAGCAAAUGGAGUUGUUGGUUUAAGAUAAAAUCAAA